CCGGGAUUUCAAACGUCGGAAUUCCGAACAUGGGAUUUCGGUUGUCGGGCUUGCGAUUGCCACCGUUUUGUAACCUAUGAGCGAUAUAACCUCUAAAAUUACAUGUCUGCAUUGAAGAAAUUAGUAAACACAACCAAAAUGGUAACAGAAAAGUGCCCUUUAGUGUUCAAUGUAUUGGCAGAAUGCGAAACAACCAAAGCUCGGGUUGGAAAGAUGUGUUUGCCUCAUAGUGAUGUUGAUACCCCUGUGUUUAUGCCUGUUGGAACACAAGGAACUCUGAAAGGACUUCUACCUGAUCAAAUAGAUAGUUUAGGACUACAAAUCAUGUUAUCAAAUACUUACCAUUUGGGAACUAGACCUGGUCCUGAGAUUUUGGAGAAGGCAGGAGGCUUGCACAAUUUCAUGAACUGGCAUGGUUCUUUAUUAACAGACUCAGGUGGUUUUCAAAUGGUUUCACUAUUGAAAUUGGCAGAAAUCAAUGAAGAAGGUGUAAAGUUUCAAUCACUGAAUGACCAAAAAUCAGAAGUUAUGUUAACACCAGAGCAUUCCAUUCAUAUUCAGAAUGCAAUAGGAGCAGAUAUUAUUAUGCAAUUAGAUGAUGUCAUCAAGACAACAAGUCCUGAUAAAGAUAGAAUUGAAGUGUCUGUACACAGGACAACUAGAUGGUUGGAUAGAUGUAUCAAAGCACACAAGAACCCAAAUACCCAAAAUAUAUUUCCAAUAGUUCAAGGUACAUUAUACCCUGAUUUAAGGGAAUUAAGUGCUAAAGAUCAUGUACGAAGAGAUGUGAGAGGGUUUGCAAUUGGUGGAUUAAGUGGAGGAGAGAGUAAAGAUGAUUUUUGGAAAAUGGUUCAUUUGUCAACUGGUCUUUUACCUAAAGAUAAACCAAGAUACUUAAUGGGAGUCGGAUUUGCUAUGGAUUUAGUUGUCUGUUCCGCAUUAGGUGUAGAUAUGUUUGACUGCGUUUUCCCCACAAGAACAGCUAGAUUUGGUUGUGCCUUAACAAUGACCGGACAAUUAAACUUGAGACAAAAAAACUACAAAAAAGAUUUUAGACCGAUCGACGAAAAUUGUACAUGUUCCACUUGCAAAACUUAUACAAGAGCUUACCUCCAUGGGAUUGUUACAGUUCAAACAGUUGCUUGCCACUUGCUAUCUGUACAUAACGUGGCCUUUCAAAUGCGUCUGAUGAAGACAAUCAGAGACAGCAUUACCAAUGGAACGUUCCCUGAAUUCGUUCAAAAGUAUUUCCUUAACUUAUUUCCUGAAAAGGAUUAUCCUAAAUGGAUUGUGGAUGCCUUAAAUGCAGUUAAUAUUAAACUGCUUUGAUUUUUAAACGAAAGUAAUA